AUGGAGGUACUUAGUGAAAUCUUGAAGAACAAUAGGACGGAAGAUAUCUCUUGGAUAUGCUCUCUCUCAGAAUCUGAACUGGAUUUGCUCAUCAGCUUAAAGAAGCUAGCCAUUCAACGUGCCAAAAUAACUUGUCACGAAAAACUAGCUGAGAAAUUUGAUCUUAAGAUGCUCCGAGCUCUCGGGUUUUUGCUAAUGGACUAUGUAAGCAAAAGGGUACAAGAUGGUACUGCUCUUGCCGCAAGUGUUGUUCAUCAGCUAAGUUUUUUGGAUAACUGCAAUUUGUUGAAAACACAUGUAGAUGAUACUAUAGACAUUGAGGAGAGUCUGACUGAAAUCUGCAACAAGAAGUCAAGAAAGAAAUCACGGAAAAGGUUGGUAGGGAAUCUAAACACUUAG